GCCAUCCGGAACUGUCAUAGUCCAGCAAAUAGUCCCGAAUUGUGGCGUCGGGCACAACCUGGAACAUCCUGCAAAGGGAGAGCUCUUUCACCGCAUUUACUGCAGGUGAUGUGUUUGUUUCUGAUUCCGUGAUCCGAAUAACACUUGCAAAGUGAUCGAAUGCCAGGGUCACCCAUGCUUGAAGGUGACUUAGUUGUCUUUCAUCAAUGCUGAAAGACAUCGUUCCUCACCACUCCAACCCCCUAAAUCCCCAUCUGUUCCACUAGCGUCUACCGCUUACCCUUCGGCGUGGAGUGCCACACGGUACGUACUCUGCUUACUGACAUGACUCGAGUUCGUGAUUUUGCUCACCGUGUGACAUCCAUGAUCAGUAAUCUGAGGAUAGGCAGGUCAUGGAUGCAGCGAGGCAUCCCCAGCUCACCUGCCCCCUUUUGCCUCUGUUCAAGGGGAACAACCUUGCUUAUCUUUAGGUGUGCGAUACCGGUAUAGUCUGAAGUUGUCGUAAGAGUAUUAUUUCAGAUGCCGAUGAUAUGGUACGCAUGGCUUAGCGAAUCAUAUUACUUCUCCUUUGCUUUUCUGUCCUUCCAGACAUCAGCAAGAAGUUGAGGGGCCAUCACCGUGCAUGUAACCCUCCAUGAACGUGGUAUCCGGUCGAUCAUCGUUUGGUAGAUCUUAAUCUAUACGAGGCUCGGGCUCCGCAACAAAUCCCGCAACAAAUAGAGCACAAGAUGUCGGAAUGAGGCAAUUCAAUGC